UACAUUUUGACUUUUCCCAGUUGCCCGAUUUGCUUGGCAGUCUAGUAUAAAAAGAUAUACAUUUCUCCACCGGGAAAGUCAACAAAUCCAAAAUGCUGAUCUACUUUAUUUAUAGUGUGCUUGAAGCCAUUGCGAAUGGGAUUUACACAACAGUGGCCACCAUUUCGAGCAUUGAACAGGCCCUAAUCAACCUGAUGAUGUCCACAUUUUUGUUUGUGCUCGGGAUAGCCUGUCACCCGGUAAUGGUGAUUCCCAUGAUGCUAGGAGGCUACUAUAUACUACGCAACUUUUGGAAUCGUCGCACCAAGACCCCAGGGCUGCAGAGUUCCAUGGAUGGCGAUGCUGGAUUGAUCACGGCAGGAGCACGUAAAGAGCCACGGAUUCCCUCUUAUCGCAGCUUCGCUGUUGGCAUUGACGCUCCCAAGGACAACUAACAAUGAGUAUAUCGUGAGACAGCCGAACACGUGAUUUCCUUGGGUACAUACGAGUAAUCCUCACUUACACACGUUAACAAAUACAAAAGUGGGCUACAUGCAAA